AUGGGAUGCAGUCAGAAGCUGCCCUGGCUGAUGUUUGCAUCGGUGCUGGCUUUAGCUGGAAGCAGCAGCUGGACCGUGCUGGAGGCCAUCAAGAACCACAAGACAAUCUUCCCAGACAAGGUGCUGCUCGAGGCCGUCCGGACCGCCUCCGACAUCGACGAGCGGGACGAGAAGGGCCUCACAGCAUUGAUGUGGGCAGCGCGGAAAGCAGACGUGGAGAUCGUGAAGGCGAUCCUUCUUGCCGGGGCUAACGUGAACCUCCAAAGCCAUUAUGGAAAGACGGCUCUUAUGUUUGCGGCCCAGUACAACGAGCCCGAAGUCGUGGAGGCCGUCCUGAAGCACAAGCCGGAGCUCAACCUCCAAAACAAAGACGGAUGGACGGCUCUUAUUUUUGCCGCUCGUUUCGGCAAGCCGGAGGCUUUGGAGGCAAUCCUGCGGCGCAAGCCGGACUUGGACCUCCAAGAGAGGACCGGAGCAACGGCUUUAUUUCGGGCAGUCGAAAACAAGGACAGCUCCGCGGCCAUGGUCAAGGCACUGCUCCGUGCAGGGGCAGCCGUGGACGUGGCCAACUUUGCUGGGCGGACGCCGCUGAUGCAGGCGGCGGAAUGGGCUCGCGUGGAGGCCGUUGAAGCGCUGCUCGGCCAUGGGAGCCUCCCGGAGCUGCGCAGCCGCAGCGGCCAAAACGCCCUGGACUGCGCGAGGAUGAAACCGGAAAACCCCUUGGUGCAGCGACUUGAAGAGGUCACUCCCAAGGGCAUGGACUUAGCCAAGAAGUACUUCGCUUCCCCCACCACCUGGACUUUUCUGGGCUGUGGCCUCGCAGUCGGCAUCUGCGCCGGCUCUUGCUUGGUGGCGAUGGGGAAGAGGAUGAAGAGGGGAAAGCGCGGAAGCCCAGAAAGCUCACGGCAAGUGACCGUGCUCACUAGCAGCAGGCGGCUUGCGAUCAAGAGCCUGACGAAGAACAUCUGGAAGGCGGAAACCUUCAGAGCGCUGGAGCUUGUGGCAUGCAUCCUACUGCCCUUCUCUAUGACCAUGCUGUGGAUCGGGCCGCUGAAGUUCCUUCCGUGCUACUUCCUCGUCUACACCCUGCCGGCUCUGGCAUGCUGGCGGCAGAAGGCUCUUCGCUUCCCGGCCUUCCUGCUCGUGAGCCCUGCAAACCGACCGGGCCUUCUUUGCCCGGUUCGCCUCCCGAGGGCCGUCGCCACGGUCGCACAGCUCGUUUCAUUGUACUGGCUGCCACGACACUGCGAGGACGCCAUCAGGUAUUACAUGUAUGGUGAUAUGAGAUUGGCGAACGCGACUGCGGCCUUCCCGCUGAACGCAAUGGUGCGCGGGCCCCUGCCACUGCUGAGCAGGGCCUCUGCUGAGAUGGCCUGCCCGGCGUUCAAUCACUUCUCUACUGAGGAAAAAUCACUGUUCUUCUGCGUGCAAUACAUCGUGGCCGUCGUCAGCUUUAUUUGGGUGGUCCUCGUGACGAUCGACAGCUGCUGCGGUUUCACCACGCAGUUUUCGAGCGACCCGCAAGCCGUGGAGCAGCUCAGCAAGCGCAUAGCUGCGACUGGGACGAAAGACGAGAUUGCGGAGAUUAACGACCCGGUCGUGGUGAGCCCGGAGAGGGCGAUUCAGUGCAUGCCUCCAGGAGGCAUUUACAUCAAUGUUGGUAUGGUUGUUUGCGAUGUCUUCCUGGACCUCUACAGUAUCUAUUCUUGCGUAAUGGCAGCACAACUGAAGUUUGCGUUCCUCAUGGUCGCUAUCGUCAGCACUUCCUGUACGGUGGAAGCCCUCACCGCCGCCGCGUGGAGCCUCCCAAAGCAAUUAGAAGCCUCCUUGCUUCGAGGCUUGUCUUCCGAUGCCCUGCGACAUGCCUUAGAAUGCGAAGCCUGCUUGGAGGCCCCAUUGUCCCUGUGCCUUACGGCGUAUGCCUUCGUCUUCAACGUACGGGGUGGCGGCCUCCUCACCCUGAUCCUCUCUCUUAUGAGCAUUGCCAGUAGCACCUAUAACACUGCCAGCUACAUUUGCUGGCACAUCGACUUGGGACUGCAGGUGGACGAGGCUGACGACGGUUUUGUGCGCACGGAGGGCUACGAGCACCUGACUGAGGCACCGGCGGAGUCCGAGGAAGGCACAAGCAAUGUCGCCUCGGAGAUCUCGGCGAGCAGUGAGUCGAGUGCUUGGUUGUGUUGGAAGUGA